AUGGCACUUGGGUGCGGCGGCGGCGGCGGAGGAGGAGGGCGAGUCCAUCCUUGUCCCGUGCCUCGCCGCGGCCCCUCUCCUCCUCCGGCAGGGGUCGGAGCUCGCCGCAGCGGGCGCAGGCACGCAGCCUCGGCGGCGGCGGAUGCGGCGGCGCGCCGUGGCGACGGCGGGUGCGAGCAACCCCGUGCUGCAAAGCGCUCGCUCGCGCCGGCCGACGCGCCACCACCCAAGCGGCGCCGCGCCGCCACAGCUGGGCCCUCGGUCGCCUCCAUCGCCGCGAUCGGGACGAAGGUGGACGCACGGUACAUCAACGACGACGGCACAGUGUCCUGGUACGGUGCCGUGAUUACAGCGGUUCACGGCGACGGCUUCACGCUGGAUUGGGAUGACGGCGACACUGCGCAGCGGCGGCAGCCCAAGAUGCACGUCCGGCUCUCGGCGCGGCCCUCCAGCGGCGCUCCUCCCUCCUCCUCCACCGCCGCCGCCGAUACCAUCGCCACCGCCGCCGCCGCCACCGCCACCGCCCCCCCUGCCGCUCCCAACCCGUCCCCGCCCACGAGCCGUUUGUUCACGCCGGACGGCCAGGCGCCCACGGGUGGCAUGCCGGCCGUCGCCGCGGCGCUGGCGAGGAUCGGGCUGCAGGCCUACGUGGCCGCCUUCGACACAGAGGGCUAUGACGACCUCGAGUUCCUGCGCGGGAUGGACGCUGUCGAGCGGGCAGACGUGGCCAAGGCGAUAGGCAUGAGGCCGGGGCAUGCGGGCAAGUUUGUCAAGCACGGCUUCGAGCGGCCUUGA